AUGGGCUUUUUCGCAGCUUCGGGGGUCGACAGCCCCAUGGCAAUGCUGUUCCGCCUCUUGGGUCUGGCCGCAGCACUUGGCAUCGGCUACGUUUUGGCUCGAAUGGUCCAAGAGCGAUUGAGGUUUCGCAAGCUUCAGAGACAAGGAGUCCCAAUGAUGCCUCACUCGCUUCUAUUUGGCCACUUGCGCCUACUCAUGAAGCUCACCUCGCACUUACCCAAAGACGUACACUUCAACUACUAUGCUCAAGCCAUCGUCGACAACUGGGAAACGCUCUUCCCCGGCCGGACAUCGUGUCCCUCAGCAGUCUAUGCCGACAUGUGGCCUAUGGGUCCUCCGCUAGUUUUCACUGUGCACCCGGAAGCAGCAGGCCACUACAUGUUCGACGCCAGCGUGCCGCGUAGUGACUGGACCAAGAAGGCAUUGGCCCCGAUCACGGAAGCAAUGGACCUCGCAUGUUUGGUAGGCGAGCCGUGGAAGACGUGGCGCGCGAGGUUCAACCCCAGUUUCAGUAACAAAAACGUUCUCGGCCUUGUUCCCGGAAUGUUGGAGGAUGUCGAGGUGUUCGCCGAUAUUAUGCGGGAAAAAGCUGGCGUCGACGGCUCUUGGGGUGAUGUGUUUCCGCUCGUGGAGACCACGACCAACUUGACCAUGGAUGUCAUCGGCCGAGCGGUGCUUGAUAUCGAGCUUCAUGAGCAGACAAACGGACCUAGCAGAUUCAGAAGUGCUCUCAUGGACCAGAUUUCUAGGGUGAUUCUCCACCUUAACAUUGUCACCAUGUGGAAGUGGUACAGCCCGUGGCGGCUGGCUGCUAUCAAAGAGAACAGGGAGACAAUGUACAGCGAGCUACUGCCAUCGAUCGAGCGUUCCCUCAAAGGAACAAAGAAGAAAGAGGGGCUGAAGACCAUCAUCGAUUUGGCGCUGAAGCCCAUGUCUGGUGUGGUCAAUGUCGACCGGUUAUUUUUAGAGACAGUCGUCUCCCAGCUCAAGAUCUUCAUGUUUGCCGGUUACGAUACGACGGCCACGGCCCUUUGCUGGGCGAUACACUGCAUCGCCAAGAAUCCCGAAGUUGGCCAAAAGCUACGGGCUGAACACGACGAAGUCUUGGGCAAAGACCCCGCAGAUGCAACCGCCAAGAUCAGAGAGUCGCCGCACUUGCUCAACUCCCUCCUCUACACAGGCGGAGUUAUCAAGGAAGCACUGCGCUUGUUCCCCGGUCCUCCUGUCAUUCGAGACGGACAAUCGCAUUAUCGCAUCACCGACAGCAUCACAGGAGAGCAGUAUCCCACCGGCGGAUUCCUCAUAUGGGACGGGUUACGUUCGCAGUCUCGCAACGAGGAAUUAUGGCCGAGAGGCAACGAGGUGGUGCCAGAGCGAUGGAUGACGACAGACCCGGAAGAUCCAUUGCACCCAAAGAAGCACGGAUGGAGGACCUUUGGACUCGGAAGCCGUGCCUGUAUUGGCCAAGAGCUAGCCGUAGUUGAAAUGAAGUUGGUCCUGGUCUCCCUCGCGCGCAACUUUGAGAUUGACUGCGCCUGGGAUGAGUGGGAUGCCCUCAACGGGAAUCCCACAAACCCCAAAAUGCUUGUGGAGGGAGACCGGUGCUACCAGACUGAAAAGGGCACACCGCAGAUUUCUGACGGGAUGCCGGUUCACGUCAAGCUGCGACAGAGGUCUGACUGA